UCUGUCAAACAGAGAACUUGAAUACGCAGCAGAUCUAAUCUGGUCAAAGCAGCAGAGGAAGCAGGGGCGUGUCCCCCCUCCCCCCCGCUGUUGAAAAGCAGCUGCUGGUCGUCCGAGGCCCCACUCCGUCGUUUACUCCAGAGCAGACAUGACAGCAGUGGGAAAACUGGUGCUGGUACUGGGCUUGCUGGUAAGCGCCCAGUGUGAGGUGAGGGCAAGGGACCCUGAGGUGGAGGAGGAGGAAGAGGAGGAGGGAGCAGGCACAGGAGGAGGAAGAGGAGCCACCCCCCCCUCCUCCCACACGACAGAGGCCCCCACACAGGGAGAGAGAGCACGGAGCGGGCACCAGUCGUCUACUCGGCCUCUCUACACCCAGAAGAUCCUCACGGUUCUGCGCUGGUCCUGCUGCAAAGGACACGAAGGGGCUGACCGAGACGAUGCAGAUCCUGAUGCUCAGCUGGAGUUGGAAGGCUCAGACGUAAGCGGAGGAUCUGAUCCAGAGAAACAAGGGCUGCGCGCUCCAGAUGUUCACGUGGGGCCGGACCGCAAACAGAACGACCAGCACUGGACCAAGCACGGCGAAGCCACUGCUGCCCUCCCUGUUCCCCACAUGAUGGCCCUGGUCAUGUCCCAGCUGCAGCCAGUCCUGGAGGCCUUCAACCGCUCACUGGACCACCUGAGUCGGCAGGUGAAGGCCCUGGCCGGAGAUGUGGCCGAGCUGAAGAGCAGCUGGGAGGAACCAGACCUGCAGCCGGGGCCCCCGGACCAAGCAGCCGAGCAGCACCAGACCAGACUGGAGGAAGUGGUUAGGCAGAUCACAGACAUCCGGAAACAAAUGGAGAAUCAGCAGACAGACAUGGAGAACAGGCUGAACUCCCAGCAUGCAACGCUGCAUCACAAUGUCACUAGCCUCAAGAUGGACACGGACCUGAAGCUGGAACGGCACCAGAAGGACGUGCAGGUCAGCCUGCAGGCCAUGAAUGCAACACUGUAUGAGCUGAAGCUGGACCAGGACCAGGACCAGGACCAGGACCAGGACCAAAGCAGUGAGGAGCCCCCUCCCCAGCAGCAGCUCUCAGACAGCGCUGCGCUGUGGGAGGCCAUCGAACGCCUGGACAAUGCAGUGGUUAACAACACGGGGAAGGUGAGCGGCCUGAUGGAGGACGUGGACGUGGCCUCAGGAGACGUCCAGCGCCUGCAGCGAGACCUGAAGGAGCUGCGGGAGCAGAUGGAGCAGACGGGCCGGAACACCCAGAUCCAGUACAUGAUGACGGGGCUGCAGGUGGAGGACGCCAAGGUGGCGGUGCUGCAGCGGGUCGGCGAGCUGGCGGCCAACCUCACCCUGCAGGACAAGCGGCUGCAGGAGAUGGACAUGGACGUGGACGAUCUGUACAUCGCCCUGUACAACAGCAGCUCCAUCAGAGACACCAACGCGCUGAAGGCUGCGCUGGCCCGGCUGGAGAAGGCCCUGGCCAACGUGGCGGCGCUGGCCCACGACAACCGACUGGCCCUGGAAGAAAGCAGCAAAGAAGACGUGGAGCAGUGGAGCGUCCCGGCGGUGGAGGCGCUGCAGCACGGACUCCAGCAGGUAAAAGACUGUCUGGCCUCGGAGCAGAGCCGGACCAGAUCUCUAAACCACAGCCUGGCCCAGCUCAGCGGCUCCGUGACCGCGGGUCUGGCCGAGGUCUCGGGCCUGAAGGACGCAAACAGGGAGCUGUGGGAGAAAAUGCAACAUCUGUCCACCUGGUUCAAAGCUCUGCUGACGGACGCCAGCAGACACAGCGAAGUACUGGACAUACUGCUGGGCGAGGAGGUGCUGGAGUUCAUGCAGUGGCCCAGACAGGACCAGAGGGCCCGGUCCAUCCCGGCCCUAAUGCAGCAGCUGGCAGAACACAAGCUCAAGAUCACAUCUCUGCUGGCCAACAAAACAGGAGGCAGAGAGGAGCGGCCUUCCGCAGACCAGCCCUCCUCCUCCCACCCCCUGCUCCCCGGUUGGGCCAGGGAGCGCCAGCUCCUCCUCCACCAGGACCAGGGAGGAGCCGGCCGGGAGCUGCAGAACCUGGAGAAAAUGGUGGAGAAGAUGUGGGAGCGUCUGAAUCAAGAGGAGAAACCCUGUCGGUGCACAAACACCUCCACAGUGGCGCCGCCUGCUGGCGUGGACGCCGCACUGCAGGCAGAGGUGCUGUGGCUGAAGAGAGGCCUCGAGCAUCAUCUGAGCACGUUCAAGAAUGUGUUCAGCAACGCAGACGUGCUGGCCCGGUCCAACAACACGCUGGAGCUGGACAAGCUGUGGGAGCUGGUGAAGAGCAAAGACAAGAGGAGAAGAGGAGGAAACAGGAGCAGGAGGGAUUCAGAUGUUCCUCCUGCUGAACUCGCAGACCCUCUGGUGCAGUUUGUGGCUGUUCCUCCUCAGAGCACCUCCCACAGCGGCUUCUCCUUCAAACUGAAGGCGAAGCCGUCUCUGAACCAGGGCCGGUUCCACCCGGAGACCGGCUCCUUCACGGCUCCUGUGGACGGGCUCUACCUAUUCAUCCUCACCUUGGACCUGAAGCCAGGUCCUACCCAAGUGGUUCUGAGGAGGCGCUCGGGGGGAUCCCCAGUGUCUCUGUACCACACAGAGGUGGAGGAGGCGGGGCCACGUACAGGUGUGGGCCUCCUGCUGCUGCAGGCAGGGGAGGAGGUGAGGCUGGACCUGAGGAGAGGACUAUGGCUGGAGAACCAGGACAAUGUUUUCACAGGGCUGCUGCUCCACCGGACCACCUGAGGGCGGUGUCACUCUGGGUGGAACAUUGACUGAGCAGGUUCUGGGACCAAAAGAAGUUCAGACUUAUUGGAACAAGGAGGGAGAGUCCAGCGGUCCAGAACCAGUGGAUGACCACAGGAUGGUUGUACAGGUCUAGAUGCUCCUCUGCUAAGCUAGGCUAACUACACACAGGUUCCAAACAGUUCUGCUACAUGUUUUACAUAUGCAUAUGCUAAAGAACACGUUUGUACAGUGCCUUCCAUAACCAUCUGUUUCAGUCAAGUAAGAGCGAGGAAAACAGUCGCCAGCCUGAAACUAAUAAACAUAUUUUAUCUGCAGAA